CCAUUCUGAUUUCAAAAGAUUCCAAACCGCUAUUAUUCUACAGUGAAUUUUCCACUGGGUUUAAAAAAACCCAGAAUGGCAGAAUCUCCUUUUCAUACUCAAAAUCAUUUAAAAUGUCCGAUCUGUCUGACUCUGCUCAAGAACCCAGUGACUACAUCUUGUGGGCACAGUUUCUGCAUGGACUGUAUUAAGAGAUGCUGGGAUGUGGAUUUUUAUAGAGGGGUUUACAGCUGCCCUACAUGCAGGACAACAUUCAACCAAAGACCAGCUCUCAGCAGAAGCACUGUACUGGCUGAUAUUUUAGAGGGAAUGAAGCAGAAAGCUCCAGCUAGGCCUGUGACAUGUGAUGUUUGCAAAGGAAUAAAAGUAAAAGCCAUCCAGUCUUGUUUGGUUUGUAUGGCUUCUUACUGCCAAGCGCAUGUUCGUCCUCAUUAUGAGUCUAAAGCUUUUAAAAAGCACAAGCUGGUCAAAGCUUCCCCAAAUCUACAGCAUCAGAUCUGCCCUCACCAUCAUAAAGCACUGGAGGUUUACUGCUACAAUGACCAGAAGUGUAUUUGUGUAGUUUGUAUGGGGAAUCAGCACAGUGGACAUAAAACAGUCUCCGCUGCAGCUGAAAUGGCAAAAAAACAGGAGGAGCUGAAAAUAAAAAAGAGGGAUUUCAUUCAGAAAACCACUGACUGGAAGAAGGAGGUUCAUCAGUGCAAGAAAGCUGUGAUCUCUUUUAAGCGCUCUGCACAGGCAGCAGUGGAGAACAGUGACCGAAUCUUCACCGAGAUCAUCCGCUCCAUUCAGAACAUACAAGCCGAGGUGAGAGAGAAGAUCAGAGCUCAGGAGAACAAGGAAGUACGAGAUGCAGAGAGUCACAUACAGAGACUGGAGGAGGACAUUGUCAAACUACAGAAGGAGAAUAGUAAAGUGGAGCCACUUUUAUGCACCGAGAAUCACGUUUAUUUCUUCAAGUUGCAGAAGUACUACUGCUUCUAUUCCGGAGUUGUCCCGUACAAUUCAUCCAGGGAUGUUAAUACCCUAACAUUUCAGAGAGUAACCCAAUCUCUCUCAGAGCUGAAAAGCCAACUGGAUGAAGUCUGUGAAGAGCACAUGCGUGAAAUAUUAUACGAAGUUGCUGAUGUCCAAAUAUUCCAGGAUGAUGAUCUCUCAGAAGAGGAAGAAGAGGUGGUUGACGCGGGUUUAUGGUAAAGGUAUUU